GAAUGACAUUCCGAGGAUAUGUCGUAUAAGCGGGAGGCGGCGACUCACCUGGGGACUUACAGAAACAACUCGCCGUGCUUUCGCGUGCUGUUAGUAGAAGUUUGGAGGUUUGGGGACAUGCGCCGCGCUGGUGUCACGGAGUAAAACCCGAACAUGUACACGACCGAGCGCAGGCGAAUGAGCCUGCACGACAUGCGGAGGAAGGAUCCGGUGCGCGUGUCCGCAGGAAGUUUCUGGCAGGACUCUCUGGCCAUAGACCUGAGCGCAAACGGCUCGGGCAAACAGGUCGUCUCUCCCCGCAGCCGCACCAGAGCCCUGUGCGUGGCGUACGUCGUGAACGUGGACGCGUCGGUGCCGCAGACCGAGGAGAACUUGUCACUGAAGAGCCUGAAGGAAGCCUGCGGGGACGCGCACGCCGCCUUCACGACCAUUUCGUUCGAGAGCAUUUCACUGGGCAGCACAGACAUUCUGGAUAGCUUCUACAACGCAGACGUAGCGGUGGUGGAGAUGAGCGACACGUUCUGCCAGCCGUCUCUCUUCUAUCACCUGGCAGUGAGAGAAAGUUUCACUAUGACCAAUAACAUCAUCCUCUACUGCUACAAGCAGGACGGUGACUUACAGGCCGUCAAGGAGCAGUGUGGGAGUUACACGUUCAUCCCGUACAUAGUGUCGCCUCAGGGUAAGGUUUUCGCCUGCGAUGCCACAAUAAUGACCGGCAUCCAGGAGCUGAUGCAGCCCGGUUUCCCCCUGGAGCCCCUGCUCACGCCGCUGGUGGAGAGGCUGGUGAAUCUGCUCAACAGCGUGCACAUCCAGUCCAGCGAGUACUCCAGGGAGUCCAUCCGGCACGAGAUCCGCGCGGCACGCGAGCGCUACAGCGGCAAAGCCCUGAGUGAGGAGCUGAACCACAUCCAGAAGCGUCUGGACAGCGUGGAGCUGCUCACGCCCGACAUAGUGAUGAACCUGCUGCUGUGCUACAGGGACAUUCAGGACUAUGAGGCCAUAAUCAAACUGGUGGCGACUCUAAACAAUCUUCCCACGUGUCUGGUGGCCCGACAUCAGAAUAUCCAGUUUCAUUACAUUUUUGCUCUGAGCAGGAGGAAUCACCCUGGAGAUCGGGCUAAAGCUUUGGAGGCAAUACUGCCCAUUGUGGAGUCGAAGGACGCGGUGGCAUCAGAUGUCUACUGCCUGUGUGGACGGAUCUACAAAGACAUGUUCAUGAGCUCCGGGUUCACGGAUCAGCACAGCAGAGAUCAGGCCUGCUAUUGGUAUAAAAAGGCUUUUGCUACAGAGCCAACCCUGCACUCGGGCAUCAACUCUGUGGUUCUCCAAAUGGCAGCUGGUCAUGAAUUUAAUACAUCUAUGGAGCUGCGUAAAAUAGGUGUAACCAUAAGCAGCUUGCUCGGUAGGAAGGGCAGCUUGGAGAAGAUGAAGGACUACUGGGACGUCGGCUUCUACCUCGGAGCCAACAUUUUGGCUAAUGAGCACAAGAAGGUGAUCGAUGCCUCUGAGAAGCUCUACAGGCUCAAAGCUCCUGUCUGGUUUGUGGCGUCUAUAAUGGAGACCUACGUCAUGUACCGCCAGUUUGUCAAACUGCCCGACGUGGAAGCUUCUAAACAGGAAUUGAUGAACUUCUGGAUGGAGCUGUUCCUGCAGACCUGUAAACCCACCGACUCCACAGAUGGCUGCCCUGUGCUGAUUCUGGAGCCCAGUAAAGUCCUACAACCAGCUAUUGUGUGUGUGAGCGAGGAGGAUGAGACUCGGACUGUGCAGUUAAAGCACAUCAUGCCCUUAAAGAAAGGUUUGCACCAGUGGACUUUCCCAGCCUCUGCAAUUCGGGGAGUGAGUGUGUCAAAGAUCGAUGAGCGGAGCUCCUUCCUCUACGUCCACUACAACUCAGACGACUUCCAGCUCUGCUUCCCCUCCGAGCUUCACUGUAAAGGUUUCUGUGAGCUGGUGAACUCUCUGCUGCAGCAGGCCGAGGACCCAGCUCAGGACCUGGACCAUCUAACGGAGGAAAUUCCAGAGUACAUCUACGAGACCAACGAGAACGGAGACAAGGUGGUUCUGGGUAAAGGGACGUACGGCGUGGUGUACGCCGGCAGGGACCUGAGCAACCAAGUGCGCAUCGCCAUCAAAGAGAUCCCCGAGAAGGACAGCACGUACUCCCAGCCGCUGCACGAGGAGAUCGCGCUGCACAAACGGCUGAAACACAGGAAUAUUGUCCAGUAUCUGGGCUCUGUCAGUCAGGAUGGUUUCAUCAAGAUCUUCAUGGAGGAAGUACCAGGAGGAAGCUUGUCAUCGCUGCUGCGUUCCAAAUGGGGACCUCUCAAAGACAACGAGGCCACCAUCAUCUUCUACACCAAGCAGAUCCUGGAGGGACUCAAAUACCUUCACGACAACCAGAUAGUCCACAGGGACAUAAAGGGGGACAACGUCUUGAUCAACACAUACAGUGGCGUAUUGAAGAUCUCUGACUUUGGAACCUCCAAACGGUUAGCGGGGAUCAACCCCUGCACCGAGACCUUCACUGGAACUUUGCAGUACAUGGCCCCAGAGAUUAUCGACCAGGGGCCACGGGGUUAUGGGAAGCCGGCCGAUAUCUGGUCCCUGGGGUGCACUAUCAUAGAAAUGGCAACUGGCAAGCCGCCAUUCCAUGAGCUGGGAAGUCCUCAGGCAGCCAUGUUCAAGGUGGGCAUGUUUAAGAUCCAUCCCACGGUUCCAGAGUGCAUGUCGGGCCAGGCUAAGGGCUUCAUCAUGAACUGCUUUGUGCCGAACCCAGACAACAGAGCCACCGCUGCAGAGCUGCUGAUGGACGCCUUCCUCAGGUCGUCCCCCAAGAAGAAACCCAAGACGCCGCAGGAAGCAGAAGCUAAAGACUCCCUUUCUCUUGCCGACUAUCAGCGCAGCCUCUCGGUGCCCAUCUCCAUCCGAGUGGAGGACACGGAUUCAUACUCCGCCUCCGUCGACCUGUCCAGCUCGUUGGACCUCAGGCGGCCCCAGUCCACCCUCAAAGCAAACCAAAUGUCAGGGAGCCCGACCAGCACCAGCACCAGCAGCUUCCUGCCGAUCCCAGAGGAUCCUUCAACAGAUAUGAGCAGCCCGGCCCAAACCAUGGAGAGCAGUGGCCUGUUCAUGCUGAGGAAGGACAGUGAGCGGAGAGCGACUCUGCACCGAAUUCUCACCGACUACAUCAGCCACGUUGUCGCUCAUAUACAAGAAUCUCUACCUCAGGCCGAUGAAGGACCAGCGAUCGCUGCCGACCACAUCAGCAAGCUCGUCGUCUGCCUGCGAGACAACAUCAGGUCCCCGGACAGGAAGCAGCUGACCUCUGGUCUGCUGGAGCUCGCCGCCGCGGUGCCUCUGAACAGCCUGCAGGCGGUGCUGUUCAGCUUUCAGGAUGCAGUGAAGAAGGUGCUGAAGCAACAGCAAGUCAAACCUCACUGGAUGUUUGCGCUGGACAAUCUGCUGAGACAUGCGGUGCAGGAGGCCAUAACCGUUCUCCUGCCAGAGCUAAAACUCCAGCUGCAGUCCUCGUUUGAGAUUGAGGACGGGACUCUCGAGGAGCAGCCUGCUGACCUGAACACCCCUGUAGUGGUCGUGCCCGACCAGAUGAGGGCGCCAGCAAGCAAUUAUCACCUACCGCCCAUAAGCGAGCUGAAGCCCACUGGGCCCGACCUUCCUAUGGAUGUCAUCCUCAGCACCAACAAUACCCUCAACGAGGAAGUGCGCAACCUGCGGCAAGAGACUCGACGACUGCUGAGUCAGCUGAGCGACAAAGAAAGAGAGCUCCAAGAGCUACUAAGGAUCUCUCUCCAGAGGAAACAGGAGCAGAUAGAUGCACUGAGAAGCGCUGUAGUCAUUAAAGAUGCUUCACAGAGCAGCUCUGACCCAGAGGUGAGGGCUUUGGUCCACUGGCUCCAGUCUGUCCCUGUUGAUCAAAGCACCAUUCAUAAGCUGCUCUCUCAUGAGUUCACCUUGGACUGUCUCCUCUACAUGGCCUCCAGGGACGACCUGAUUUACUGUGGAAUAAGAGGCGGCAUGCUGUGUCGCAUUUGGGCGGCGAUCGCGGCUCACAGAAAGCGCCAGCCGAGCUCGCACAACGGGGACAGUGAGGACACGCUGCUGUAGUAGCUGCUGACGCUGUACAGCAAAGGACAGGUUUAUGGACAGGCUGGUCCUGUGCCAUGUAGAUGGAGGCAGCGAUGAACCUAACUGACAUUUCAGGCAAAAGAUGUAGCUCAGAAUAGUUUUUAUAACAUUGUUGAACUAUGAAUGUACAUUUUUUAGUUACUAAGUAUUACAUAUAAAGUAGAAUUGAAACAUCUUCAAUGAAACGUUGCCAGCAUUUCUCAUUUUCAUUAUCUUUGGUUGUAGAGUAUGUCCACAAAUUGAUGAUGAUGAUGGUGAAAUGAUAGAAAAUGUAGACCUAAGUUAUUAUGUGUUUACUGUCUUUAAAAAUCUCCAUUCUGGGUGAAAGCGACAGUAGGUGUGUAACAAGACUAUCAAAUAUCUUAGAAAUGAAGUCAUGAAGCAGGCGAACAGUCUUUGAAUUCCCCGUUUCCUCAUCUGGUGUCACGGUGUUGACGUCUCCCUGAGAACAGCAGCUGUGUGUGUGUGUGUGUGUGUGUGUGUGUGUGUGUGUGUCUCUGUGUCUGUGUGUGUGUGUGUGUGUGUGUGUCUGUGUGUCUGUGUCUGUGUGUGUCUGUGUGUGAGAGAGAGAUACUCAGUCCUUCCUGAGUGAUAGACACGGCAUGCGGGGAAUGUUACAUCUGAUCAAUGACUCUGUCUGUCUGGUCCUCACCUCUUCACUGCACUUAGCUGCUAAAAUGUAGUCUUCAGAAAUUGUGUUUGUGUAAUAUCAUAGAUGUAAACUCAAUAUGAAAGACAUGCAAAGCCAAGGUUGGAAUCAGGUUGAGGAGGAAGAACCACCCCAAGCACAGUGUUGAGCUGACUGUUAUUAGUGUCUCAGAUGAGAGGAUGUUAUUAUUUUAAACACAUCAUUUCAUUCACUGUUUAGAUAUUAGUUGACUAGUGUUGUAGCGCAUCAUAUUCCUUUCACAGUGUCCUGCAGUCCUACUGUAAGUUAAUAUAGUCCCCUUCCUUCUUGUGGUUAUAGAUUUAUGGCAUCUUUUAUUAAUUUGAAUAAAAAAACUGUCAUACUGA